GACACCUUCGUGGGGUCUGCUGCCUAUGCUGCCCCAGAAAUUCUGGCCAACGAACAGUAUGUGGGCCCUGCUACCGACGCAUGGAGUUUUGGGGUGGUGCUAUUCUCACUACUGUCGGGAAAGCAGCCCUUCGACAGCAAUGGCAACCAGUUGAUGUUCUACAAAAAGGUGCAGAAUGCCGAGUACGAAAUGCCCAGCAAUAUCAGUGAAG